AGAGAGAGAGAGAAAGAGAGAGACGUUCCUCCAGUCGUAGGGAAUCCCGUUUCACUUCCGUCAUUCGGCCGUUAAACCUCAAAGAGCGUGAAUCAAUCACGGGCGCGUGCGCGCGCGGUAGAAGAGUCCAGUCAGUCAUCUCACGUUCGCGCUCAAACUGCGAUCCUGACAUCAUCACAGCGAGGGUCUCCUGAUCAUCGCAGGUGAAUCCUGAACCUGUCUGUCUUUCCUGCAGUCUGUCUUCAGCUCAUAUCAGGAAUAAAGCGUUGGACCGCGCGUCUCCAGCGACAUGGGAAAGACGCAAGCUCUGAUCCUGCUGUACGCCGCUGUCGGUUUAUGCCACUGCAGGUUGGUGACCGUGUCUAGGGACCCUUUGCUCCGGGUCGAGGGCCAGCCGCUGUCUAUUCGCUGUGAUGUAUCGGACUACGAGGGCCCCAGGGAGCAGGACUUCGAUUGGACAGUAACGCGAGGGACAGAAUCCAUCAAAGUGAUCUCAACAUUGGACGAAGCAUUUUCAGAUCACUCUUUUCAGGACCGCAUAAGGAGCGGCGACAUUAGUGUUUCACGACUAGAGGACAACGCAGUGGAACUGAGAAUUCAAGAGGCUCGAGUUAGUGACAGUGCCACCUACCGCUGCAGUACUCCAAGCACAGAUUCGGUUAUAAGUGGAAACUAUGAUGCAGAUGUCCAGCUGCAAGUUGUUCCUAACAGUCUUAUUGUGGCACCCGACACCCCAAACCCUGUCGUUCCUGAGGGAGGAUCCAUUAGACUCCUGUGCAAUGUCUCCCGCAACUUCAUCGAAGGAAUUUACCUGUCUUUAACCUGGUCAGUCAAGAAGGGCUCGUCUCUACUAGAGGACCUGCUGACCUUUGGCCCAGAUUUGAGUAUGACGGUUGGCGACAACUUCACGUGGCGCUACACAGAUGGCGGGAUGCGUCUAGAAAUGGGAAACGGAGUCUCGCACAGUCUAGUGCUCUCCAGAGCGAUGCCGGAAGAUCAAGGGAUGUACGUGUGCUCGGCCAGACUGUGGACGAGAGAGCAAGGAGUCUGGAACCGAAUUCAGGAGAAGACAAUGGAGAUGGGGGAAGUGACUGUCACUCCAACAGCGAACUCCCUGACUGUUCACGUACAGGACGGCAGCACAUUAUCCACAGGAGAAACGCUGCUCCUCACCUGUUCGGUCUCUGCUGACUCCGCGGCGUCCAUUGACCUGGAAGUGACGUGGCUGUUGAACGCCAGCCGUACUCUGGCCCACCUGAGUCGUGACGGCGUGCUGACCAACACAUCUGAUGUGGUGGACGUGAGACGCUUGGGGAAGUGGGAUUUCCAAAUCAAAGUUCACGGUGUGGAGAUGUCUGACGCUGGACUCUAUUCAUGUAAAGUGAGCAUGUGGGUUCAGCACGAUAGUGGACGAUGGUACAAGGCUGCGGAGAAGAUUUCUGACCCUGUACGAGUUCACGUUAUUAAGCAAAUUCCAGAAUACACCGUUGUUCUAAAUUCAUCUGUGAAUGCAAAGUUCUUCGGUGAACCGACGGAGUUGGAAUGCAAAGUUACGAACGUGUCCAACCUUCAUAGCGGACGGUUGGGAGUGUCGUGGCUGUACAGAGACGCUCUGCCCGGUAACGUUCCAGUAUCUACUCAGACUAUCGCGUCAUUAGAUGAGAACGGAACCCUUGUGCCAGGCAAGAUGUACAAGAGCCGCAUACAGGCAGGGCUUAUUACAGCGACCCGAACGGAACCUUCCACAUUCAAGCUCCGCCUCCUUCACACGACUGACGCAGACGCUGGAGAAUAUGCAUGUGCCGUAAUGGCGUGGAUCCCGACUCAUCAUGGGAACUGGAAAAAGGUUGCAGAGUAUCUGACCCCAGCGCUUAAAGUCAGCUUUGCUAACAAGCGUCCUGUUCUUGGUGUCGUAGCCCGUCGUCUCCGUGAAGCUAAGGCUACUGGCUCCACAUUUGAGAUGAGCUGCCAGGCCAAUAUCCAAAACCUCCCACCGGGAACCGCCUUUUCCAUCCUCAUCCUGUCCGAGGAGGCCGUCGGGUCUCCCAGCCGCAAACUCGCCUCGCUGGAUCCUGAUAUGGUUCUUCAGCUGGAGGACUGGGGUGAGCCGGGCCGACGGGAUGGCCUGAUGCUGGUGAAGACCGGGAAGAGGGAGUUUCAAUUUCGUAUCCAAGCGGUGCAAGUGACCGAUCGCGGGUUCUACUCAUGUGAAAUGAAAGCCUGGACGAAGCCGGUCGGGGAAGACUGGGUCGAGAUGGCCAAAGGAGUGUCCAAUAAGGUUCAGAUCGCUUUUGCACACAAAGGUCCCACGUUUGAUGUGUCCAUCAAUUCAGACACGACGAGUGUUUACCCCUGGGAAACUGCUAAGAUGGUGUGUGAUGUCAGUGUUAGCGGCACAUCUCCCACUACAGAUGAUGUAGCAUAUGAGAUGAAGUGGUUUCUGAGUCGUCUGAGGGGUUCCAGCAGCCUGUCCCUGCUAGCCAGUAUGGACCGCUGGGGUGUCGUGCACAAAACUCUUCGCAAUGACAGCAGCGACUGCAGCCUGGAGCGUCUGGGACCCAGAAGAUUCGCCCUAAACAUUCACAGCACACAGGACAGUGACGCUGGCGACUAUCACUGCACCGCCACACCCUGGAUUCGCUCAACUGCCACCGGGCUCUGGAGCAAAGCGCAGGAGGUCUCCUCACAGAGAGUGUUCCUCAACGUGAAGUUCGCAUUGUGGGACUCAAUGAAGCUGCCUUUACUGUAUGGGAUCUGCGCUUCAGUAACUGUAGGCUUCUUUUCUCUCGCCCUGGGCCUGGUCUGUGCUCACUGCUGCUGUAAAACCACUACACCUACUCCACGCUCUCGCAACAAACUCAUGGAGCUGGAGCUGGAUUGACAAAGACAGUACAGUUGUCCCCUUCCGACCUGGAAGCCGUGGUGACAACUGAAAAACUCUGGGACGCGUCUCGUCACGUUAUGCACCGCCUGAAAGGAGCAACUACACUCUCAGAGGAAAUAACUACUGAAUCAGAGUCAACGACCAGGGCAAAUUACUCAAAUAUUGCACUAAGCACAUUCUUAUAUCAGCCGGGAACACUUUUUGUUGGAUUUAUAAACGUUUCGUCAGUCUACAUUGAAACAAGAAAUGUUAAAGAAGACUUUUUUACACUCUGAUGAGAUACCUGCCAAGAUCCAAGCAGGUUUUGACAAACUGAAGGAUUAUAUUACACUACAUCAAGCUCCAAAGAGAACUUUUGCUUCCAGAUCAGGGUUUAAAGAUACUAGUUUAUACCAUGAUUCUUCUGAAUAUGGUGCUACUCUCCUUUUGCGAGACAUGGGAGGAGCUGAACCCAUGUCACAAUGUGAAAGAUGAUAUUUUAUCUGUGAUUUUGUGACAUUGUUCAUUGUCGUACUGUAUGCACUGUUCAGUUUUGUUUUCUAACCCAUCCAGAGUUGACCAGCUCUGACCAACCGAUCCCUCUAAAAACUAACUAGCCAACCAUUGUCAACUGGUUAACUGUAAUGCGACAGGGGCGGUCACACUAGAUUUUAAGAAUGUUAAAUUAAUUUGGACCUGAAAGAAUAUAUAAAGUUUGAAGAUUUUUUUUUGAAUUCACAAUGUUAAAAUAUACCUAUUCUGUUUCCAGCGACAAUACAAAACAUGUAGCUUGACACAUCUGUCUAGCUAGCUAGCAACACUCUAGCAACCAUCCAGAACACCUUAGCAACUGUUAGCAACACCUUAGGAAUUGAUAAGCAACUCUGCAGUGAACACUAAAAAAAAAUGCUGUUACAACUACCUAGCAACAGCCUAGGAAACACCCAGAGCACCAUGACAACUGCAUAGAAACACCUAAGCAACUACCCACAACACUUUAGUAACUUAAGCACUAAUAGCAUCAUAGCACAAUCCUACCAACCACCCCGAACACCAUAGCAACUGUAUAGAAAUGCCCUAGCAACUACCUACCACAAUCUACUGUAGCAGUAGACAAGAACAUUCUAGCAGCUGCAUAUAAACACCCUAGCAACUACCUACAACACUAACAAACACUAAGAGCUUUCCAGCAACAGUGUGGAAACCACUUUCAACACCCUAGCAACUACCAAAACAAUCUUCUGUAGCUUAGAAACAGCUUAGAAACCACUUUGAGCACCAUAGCAACCACCCACAACACAAUAGAAUCUUCUUAGAAACGCCCUACUUACAAUAAUUUACUGUAGUAAAGACCAAGAAAAUCCUAGCAGCUGCAUAGAAAUGCCCUAGCAACUACAACAUUCUAACAAUCACCAAGAGCAUACUUGCAACAGUCUUAGACCACUUUUAACACCAUAGCAACUGCAUAGAUACACCAUAGCAACUACCUACAAAAAUCUAAUGUAGCAAAGACCAAGAACAUCCUAGAAACAGCUUAGAAACCACUUUGAACAACAUAGCAACCACCUAGAACACCAUGGCAAUUGCAUAGAAAAACCCUAGCAACUACCAACACAAUCUUCUGUAGCAAAAGACCAAGAACAUCUUAGAAACAGCCCUACUUACAAUAAUUUACUGUAGUAAAGACCAAGAAAAUCCUAGCAACUGCAUAGAAAUGCCCUAGCAACUCCCUACAACACUAACAAACACCAAUAGCAUCCUAGCAACAAUCUGGAAACCAAUUUGAACACCAUAGCAACUGCAUAGAAAUGCCCUAGCAACUCUACAACAUUCUAGCAAUCACCAAGAGCAUACUUGCAACAGUCUUAGAUCACUUUUAACACUAUAGCAACUCCAUAGAUACACCAUAGCAACUACCAAAACAAUCUUCUGUAGCAAAAGACCAAGAACAUCUUAGAAACAGCUUAGAAACCACUUUGAGCACCAUAGCAACUACCCAAAACACAAUAGAAACUACUUAGAAAUGCCCUACUUACAAUAAUUUACUGUAGUAAAGAGCAAUAAAAUCCUAGCAACUGCAUAGACAUGCCCUAGCAACUCCCUACAACACUAACAAACACCAAUAGCAUCCUAGCAACAAUCUGGAAACCCAUUUGAACACCAUAGCAACUGCAUAGAAAUGCCCUAGCAACUCUACAAUACUCUGAGCAUCAUAGCAACUGCAUAGAAAUGCCCUAGUAACUACCAAAACAAUCUUCUGUAGCAAAGACCAAGAACAUCUUAGAAAUGACUUUGAGCACCAUAGCAACCACCCAAAACACAAUAGAAACUACUUAGAAAUGCCCUAGCAACUACAUACAACACUAACAAACACCAAUAGCAUCCUAGCAACAAUCUGGAAGCCAAUUUGAACACCAUAGCAACUGCAUAGAAAUGCCCUAGCGACUCUACAUCAAAAGUUUCUCUUUUCUUCAGUAGUGUAAGUUCAUGUUCUUGUAAACAGGUACUGAUGUCAAAAUGAGUGUUUGAUGUUCAGCCAGGAGGUGAAUCAGUGAUGUUAAUGUUACGAAUUGGCCAAGCAUCUUUUUUACAAAUGCAGAUUUCCAGGUCAGAAAGUCCUACGCACAUUCUCACAUACCCCGUGUUUACACGAGCAGAGGCGGCCUUUGCAGUUCAGAAGCCCUUUUCAGAGAGGAAAAAAAAGGAUAAACUGACAAUAUUGUGUCUAAAAUGUAAGUCACCUAGCCUAUUAACUUAUUGCUUUAUCAAUAUAAUCAAUAUCACAUUUGCAAACAUGCUGCUGAUUUUUGGGAAAGCAGCACUUUUGCUUCUGUGAUAUUGUUUAUAAAUAAUAAAAACAAGAACUUAUACAGAGACUUUUUUGCACCAUAUCUUGUUUUUUUGGAAGCAUUUUUAUUCAUUUUGGUGGCCUUUUUGCCCCAAGCCCCUAUUAAUUUCUCACCCUGGUGUAUGCACUGUGUGUUUGUUGGGGGUGGGGCUCUUUUUCGAGCGCAAGCGGAGGCCUUUUCUGUUGCGAGUGCUGUUUGAAGUGAACCAGGAAAAUGUAGCAAAGGCCUCUACUGUACAUGAGUAUGAAUGAAAGCGAUCGGGCGGAGGUCUAGUGUGGCCGCCCCUCCAGCUGGUGAAAGGUUGAUUCAUUGACUGCUACAGAUGGGUUAGUUGGAGUCACAUAAAGGUCAUGAUUUGCUUAGGUUGAAUCUGUGCCUUGGCCCUAGUUUUGAAGCUCUGCUAACAGCUUGGCCGACAUCCUGCACUUCCCCUGCUGCAUCACGGAGCAAGUAGACCUGAAACUCAAUGCCAUGCAUUAAGGCCAAAAGACCCCCAGAACAAGCACUCUUCUCUUCAGUGAUGCCUCAAGGGCAUCGACCGACCCUUUUCUGCUUUGUCUGCUUCUGAGGGUCUUUGUCUUCACUCCUGAAGCUAUCGACUAACAGUGCGGCCCCCCGUGAAUCUCCCACAUUAAAGAUAGUGGAUAUUCACAGUGUUUGUACUCGGCAAACAUUCUGGUUUGGGUUUGUUCUCGAUCUCUUUUCCUCAGUAUUAAACUUCUGCCAUUAAUUCAGCCCUAAACGUAUACAGACUCCAGUCAAACUUUAUUUUCUGCAUCAUUUCAGUCUUAAGUGUGCUUGUUGGGUUUUGUAAACUUUAUACUUUUUAAGAAAAUGAAGAAACUGUCCCUUUGACAGCAUGUUCACCAUUAAAAAUGAAGUGACUGUGUUGAUGUCAUCAUGCAAACUGAAUAGCGAUUGGUCUUCGUUCUUGAAUUUAUUUGCAUACUGAACUGUGAUUGGUGAAAGAGUGUGAUAUUGAGAUGGUUAUUGAAUGAAAGAUUCAAUGAGUGACAUGAUUAACCAACUGAUCAAAGGAUGGACACGCUAGAUAAUAAGCAUGUAAGAUUAAUACAGAAUUAUUUUAGAAGGAACAGGAUAUGAUGUCAUGGUCCAGUGCUUUUGUUUUCAAAAAGUAAUAAAUUAUAAAUAAUAAUAAUAAUAAAUUCAAAAUGUUAUAAUA